AGAGGCAUGUUGACAUGUUUCAAAUUGUUGCAUAUAAAAAAAUGCGUUAACUGAUUUCGCGAUUGAUAUAUAAUCACUGUAUAUUAAUUAAAGAAAAUGUUGUCGAAGAUUUUAAGUACGGAUGUUCUUGCUUUGUUAUGUGUCGACGAGUAUGUUCUUAUAGGUAUUGGAUGCAUACUCCAUGUAUUUCACAAAACCACUCAUAAAAUAACAGCAAAGUUAAAUGUUCUAUCGCCUGAAAAAAUACAUGGCAUUAUCAAGGGAUCGGAUGAUGAAAUUAUUGUAUUCGGAGGACGAAGUAUAUGUGUAAUACACUGCGACAUUAAGGAAGAUCAUGUAAAGGUUAAACAACCACAGAAGACUUUUCAUUUUGAUGACUGGAUAAUAGCAGUAAAAUGGUUACAGCAAAUAGAUGAAAAGCAAAUAGUAAUUUUAUUUGCCCACAAUUAUGUAUGUAUACAUAAUGUGAAUACAGGAGAACAGAAACAUAUUUCCUGUAAAGAGAAGUGUAUCCUAUAUGGUGGCUCUAUUUUUGAUGAUUACUUAAAGAAUUUAAUUAUUUUUAGUGGUACUGUAUUUCAAGAGAUAUUAGUGUGGCAGUUAGACAACUCAAUGUCGAGCAAGAAAGAUGCAUCCAUUUUGCAUCGCUUAAUAGGGCACAAAGGUGUUAUAUUCUCUGUGAUUUAUGACGAGAAGAAGCGACUUAUAUGUUCCACAUCUGAUGAUAGAACAAUUAGAUUAUGGAAAGCUGUAAACACAUCCAAUUCUGUAAAAGAUCAUAUUGACUGGAAAACGGCAAAGAUUAAUCUAAUAACUACUAUGUUUGGACAUGUAGCUAGAGUAUGGAGAACUGUGAUAAGUGAUAAUAAUAUCUUCAGUAUUGGAGAGGAUUCUUUAUUAUGCAUAUGGAGGAUUGAUGGAAAAUUACUAAAAAAAAUACACGCACAUAAUGGAGCUGCUAUUUGGAGUAUUGUCAUUUCAAAACGUGAAAAUGUAAUUAUUUCUGGAGGUGCAAAUGGAGCAGUACACGCAUGGUCUUUUAAACAGAGCCAAAGUUGUGAUACAUGCUGUAUACCACAGGAGUCUGUAAAUUGGUUACCAAAAUAUGUGUUUUUUCUAAAUAAGGACGUUACAGUUAUUCUAACAACAGAUGGAAAAUUAUUACAUUAUAGUAAAAACAGUAAUGUUUUACAAGAAUCUAUUGAUUUGCAAAUAUUUUCUAAUUAUUGCAUCAUGCAAGUGUCACCAUGUCGUAUGAUGAUUGCAUUAGCAUCCCGAUAUGGACAAGUUGUGAUAUAUGAAGUAACAGAUGUUGCAAAUGAAGUACGAUUGCAGAAAUGUAUAGAAACAAACAUAAUGGAAUGCCAAAUAUUUUCUGUACAAUGGCUAAGUAGUAGCACAUUAUUAUUAUGUGGAACCAAUGGUUACCUCAAAACAGUAACUAUAAAAAACGAUACAUUAUGCAUUAAUUCUAAACACCUUUUACCCUUUAGUCGUGAACGCUGGGUAACUACUGCUGUUAUGCAUUUAAAUUUAUUAAUAUGCGGGGAUAGAAUGGGAAGUAUUCACGUUUUUAAACUGGACGAUUGUGUAAAAGUCGAGGGGUCUGGUAUAGACAAGAACACUAGCUUGAAAGAGCCUCUACAAUCUUUAAACAAAAUUCAUGGAAGACUUGGAGUUCAAUCAUGUACUGUAAUCGGUACAAAAUUAUUAUCAACGGGUCGUGACGGUACUCUAAGAUUUUACAAAAUCCAAGAUAAUGAUUAUGAUAAACCACUUCACAGUUUACAUGCAAUAAAACUACCUAUGGACUGGGGAUGCAGUAUCAUUAAGACUAAUAACGAUUUGUAUGUAUUGGGUUUCAAAGAGAUUGAUUUUAUUGUGUACAGCACAGUUUUUCGUCGAUGUUUAGUAAGAAUUCCUUGCGGAGGAGGGCAUCGUUCAUGGGAUUGCACCCUCAAUACUGAUUUUCUUAAUUUUAUGUACAUACGAGAUAAGCAAGUUCAUCUGGUCAAUAAUAACUUACAUUCGCUAUCAUUGCCACCGAUAAUAAAUGGUUUUCAUGAGAAAGAAAUACACAUCAUGAAACUCCUAUCGUCUACAUCAUUUGGUGAAAAUAUUUUCAUUUCUGGAGGAGAAGACUGUACAUUGCGACUUAGCUCCAUUUCCAAUUUAAAAUCACUCAGUAGUGAAUUUAAAUUAAGAACAUUAAAUAUUCUAGAAGGACACAUAUCAAAUGUUAAAUCUAUAGCUGUCCUUAAGUUAGAAGAAAAUUACGUACAUAAAAAAUAUUUAAUUGUUUCUGGAGGUGGAAGAGCACAACUUAAAGUGUGGGAAAUUAUUUUAUAUAUUAAUGACAAUUUUGUGCCUGAAGACGACAUACAUUGUACCGAACUCAAAAGUUAUAUGCUACUUGGAGAAGAUAAACAUAGGAGAAGAACAUGGAAAGAUCCCAAGAAAUCUUAUAACAUAGAUCCUGAAACUCGUUUUAUGCAUAUAAACAUUCAUCAACAUGCUCAAAAUCGAGACAAUGUAAUGUUAUUUAUUGGCUGUUCCGAUGGAUAUCUUAGGAUUUUUUCAUAUCAUAUAGUAAAGAACUGUCUGAAUUUAAUAACAUCCGUGCCAUAUCAUGAGCGCUGCAUUUUGAAAACACAUUCUUUCAUGCACAAUGAGAAGUUAAUUAUGUUAUCAAUGGCAACUGAUGGAGUGGUAAACUUGUGGGAUUUUACAGCAAUGGCGAUAAGCAUUUCCGAAUGUAAAAGUCAAGUGACCGAUGAGCAAAUUUGUCCAUUUGCUAACUUGCAUUUGCAUCAAUCUGGUAUUAAUAGUUUUGACCUGCAUACAACACGACAGAAUCAAUACAUUUUAGCCACUGGUGGAGAUGACAAUUUACUUAAUCUGAGUUAUUUUACUUUAAAUAUAUCGGAUAAUGAAAUGCCUUCCAUUCAAACCAUAGCAAAGUGGAAUUCUAAUUCAAUUCAUUCAACCCAAAUUACAGGUGUACAAUUUUAUGGAAGCAACACAUUUUUCAGUGUUGGGUUGGGUCGGUUAAUAGCAAUGUACAAUUACACGUAUGACAAUGAAUGUUUAUAUGUAUCCUGUGUAAAAACAAUUAUUACUUCAGUGUCAGAUGUACAGGGAAUGUCACUUUGCCACGCAAUGCAUGGCCAGGCGCUAAUCUGUGUUUAUGGAAAAGGUUUUGAGUUAAUAACCAAUGAAGAUCAAAACAAUUGAUAUUAGAAACAUGGGUAAUGUAAUUAAAUAACUUAAAAUAAAAAAUAAGGACAAAUAAGUAA